AUGCCAUCCUUCACUGAAGUGGCGGGGUACCUGGGCGAGGAGGAGGUGGGGGGCGAUCCAAGCACCCAGGAGGUGGCGGAGACAGUGAUGGCACAGGCGCAGAGCCAGACUGACGCUGAGCGCAAGGAGGUGUUGAUGCAGGAAGCAUCGGUGCAGGAGGCCAAGAGGCCGCGUUUGGAGGCGGGCACUGUGAGGAAGGCAGACCUGCAGCAGGUGUUGCGUGACCACGGCAUUGCUUUUGCGAGCAAGACCACGGUGGCUGAGCUGCGGAGUUUGCUGGACGAGGCUGAGGGCAAGGCCGAGGCUGUGGUGGCCGUGGAGGCCGUGGAGGCCGUGGAGGCCGUGGAGACCAAGGAGGCCGCGGAGGCCGAGGAGGUUGAGGAGUCCGAGGAGACCGAGGAUGUGGCGGCCGUGGAGACCAAGGAGACCGUGGAGAAGGACAAGGCCGAUGAUGCCGUGGUGGAGGAUGACUUCGGCGGGGCCUUGCCGGUCCUUCAAGGUUCAAGGCGGUUUGAGGAAGUGUCUGUCCGCCACCUGCCGGAGAAGAUGCGGAUGAAGUCGCUCUGCGUGGACAGGUGGAUGAUGGAGCCAAUCAACGUGGAGGCCCUUGAGAUGGCGGGCAGCCUUCGCGCCUUUGGUCAGCUGGGUUUGCGGGAGCAAGUGGCGGACAUGCUGACCAGGGACACCGAGGGCAUUGGCAUGGUCCUCACAGUCUACCGUGACACUGGUCGACCACACGGGUGCAACGCCCGGCUUGUGUCGGGCAUCUGUUUGAAGGACUAUGAGGAAGCCCAGAAGAAGGGGACGAUCAGCGAGGAGAUCCAUGGCCGGUUCUUGGAGCUGCCUUUGGUGGUGCGCCGGCUUGUGGACAUGCACAUCAGCUCCUACAACGCCACUCAGGACCGUGAGGCUUGUUAUGCGGUCGUCGGUGACUGCGAGGAGGCGCAGCGCUUUUUCAGUGGCAUCCUGAAUGGGGCUGGCAUGUGUCAUUUGGAGACCUUCAUGCAGAAGCACCAGCUCCAGAAGCUCCCGCACUUCGUGUCUGAGCUCAUGCAUGAGAUCCGGGCGAUCACACAGCGCGAUACGCAGGCUUACCCGGAGCUGUCCGCGGAGCUGGCGGCGCAGGGAGGCAACUGGAAGGGCCAGCUCUUGGAGCUUCUCCACGAGAUACAGGAGAGGGAGACAACGGAAAAGAUGACAGAGGCGACCACCGCCAGGGUGUGCGGCCUGGAGUAUGACGGAGUCGCGUUUGCCUGCCGUCCAGAACAGCAGGAGGCGUUGGUCGAGCAGCUCGAAAAGAAGGUCGGGUUUCCUAUGAAGCACAAGCCCUACAGGUCGCUGGAUGAGAUCAUGAGCGAGUACCGCCGGCGCCACCCGGAUCUGGAUUGGGAGACAAGAGAUGAGGAUUGGUUUCGAGUCGAGCAGGCGCGGGUUACCCUUGCCCAAACCUUUGUCCAGACCUUGGUUACCCGAACCUUUUUUUGGUCCAUUUUGUUGCGUCGCUUUUGCUUCUUUGUGACUUUGCAGGACCGGCGGCUGGUCCGCGCCUACUUGAGCAAGGGCGUGGAGGGAAUCGACCGUCUGGUCGCUUCAAUUUUGCCCCACCACAUCCUCAAGGAUGGCAGAUUGGUGCGUGAGUGCUUCAAGGUCUUCAGCUGCUCCAAUCAGCACAUGGAGACGGCCUACUUUUGCCCAGAGAGCAGGCAAUGGCAGCUGGAGAACCCGGCGCGCGCGGAUGAGCUUCUGGCGGAGUACUCGGCUCAGGUGCUCUUCAAGUGCCUGCCGGAGACGUGGAAGGGUCUUCCCCCAGCCUCAAUGUACAGGCGGGAAGCCAUGCGGAGCGUUGUCGGCCGGGCCUUGUAUGACCGGAGCUUCCAGAGAAAGAGCCUGGGGAUCCCCUACCCCCGGGAACUCUUUGCAGUCCUGGACGAGCUCAACCUGGAGGGCGUCCUGCAGGAG